GUGCAGAAGAGCCGCGCAUGCGCAGUGGAUCAGUCAGUCUGAAGUCGCCAACAUGGAGGUCUUCGUUAGCGCUCCGAGCUUCAGCUUCUCUAACGCCGAGUUUCCGGCCGGCUCUGCGGUCAGAGACGUCCUGAGCCGGUUCAUCCACACACAGGGAGUUUCUUCUUCUGAGGAUUUCUACGUGGUCAGAAAUGGCCGCCUGUCAGAUUUGGAGGAUCCUCUGCAGCCCGGAGCCGUCUAUCACCUGGAGCCCCGCCUCCGUGGGGGGAAGGGAGGGUUCGGCUCUAUGCUGCGAGCUCUCGGCGCUCAGAUUGAGAAAACGACCAAUCGUGAAGCCUGCAGAGACCUGAGUGGACGCCGACUCCGAGACGUCAACCACGAGAAAGAGAUGGCGGAGUGGCUGAAGAAGCAGGCGGAGCGCGAGGCGGAGAAGGAGCAGCGGCGUCUGGAUCGUCUGCAGAGGAAACUGGCCGAGCCCAAACACAUGUUCACCGACCCCGAGUACCAGCGGCAGUGUCACGACCUGUCGGAGAGACUCGAGGACUCGGUCAUCAAAGGUCUGCAGGUGUCGUCGAGCGGUCAGGUGAGAGCCGACGAUGUUUCAGCGGCGAAGAAGAGAGCGAGCCCUGAUCAGAGCGAGCAGCCACAGAAGAAGAAGACUAAAGCAGCAGCGGCCGCUUGUUUCUGGACCGGUGUGGGCGAGCUGCUGAGCUCUGAGGACAGUGAAGACGAGGAGGAGACUCCAUCCACGUCCUCCUCCAGCUGUGGAGCUGCUGCUGUUACCAUGACAAUGCCGACAGAGGAGGCGGAGCCUGGGCAGAGCAGCAGUUUAGUUUUGUCUUUCAGCUCGUCAUCCUGCAGCUCCUCAGAGACCACUUCAGACCAGACCAGCAGACCCUCAGAGACCACUUCAGACCAGACCAGCAGACCCUCAGAGACCACUUCAGACCAGACCAGCAGACCCUCAGAGACCACUUCAGAUCAGACCAGCAGACCCUCAGAGACCACUUCAGACCAGACCAGCAGACCCUCAGAGACCACUUCAGACCAGACCAGCAGACCCUCAGAGACCACUUCAGACCAGACCAGCAGACCCUCAGAGACCGCCUCAGAGCCGACCCCUCACCCUUCAGAGGAUCAGGAACCUGCAGUCUGUAGACCCUCAGAGGAGUCGAGCGGUUCCUCUCAGCAGCAGGUCAGUGAGCUGUCAAUCAAGUCUGAGCAUGCUCAGUAGAGACUUCCUGGCGUCUUCAGGGAGAAGAACACUGAUCUCAGCAGGGUUUUUUUCCUGGCUCUGAACGGGCCUUUGGGGGGUUUGACUUGACGCGCUGUAGUAAACGUUCGACCUGCGUAUAACAGUAUAGUCUGAGUCUGUAUUCCCUUAUUUGACAGAAAUCUGUGCAUUUCCUGUUAUAUCUGACCAUUUUAUAAAUAAUAUUAUCAUUAUGCUUAAGUUACUGAAACCACAAUUAAAUCUGGUAAAGAUUUUUCUUUUUUAUCGUAACAGUGAAACAGGGGAGGAGAGGGAUUUUGAGGGAGAGGGGUGUAAUGAGAUUGAGAGAGGGGGGGUCACAUCCUCAGUGCAUUUCACCCUCUUCCUAUGAUGGCUGCUCUUUACCUUUAAAUUGUGUUUUAGUUUUACAUUUGUUUAAGUACAUUUAUUUGAGUUAAGGUAUUAUGUCAAAUAAUCACAGAUUUCAGUCUCAGAUAAUUUGGAUCAUUUGAUCAGAUCAGGAACUUGAGAAAUAAUAAAAACAUAUUUGCUGUUUGACAGUCUGCGUGGAGAAGUUCAGAGACUACAGCUGGCUGACGUUACGGUCGUUAACUUAUUGAUUGUUGAUAAAAGCAGACACGAUGGAAGUGAACGGAGAAAAGUUGAACGUGCGUUCCCGACUCGGUCCAUACGGACAGCGGAUCAACCGUGUUCCGUUUAACGACGUGUGUGUGGCAGAGACAAGUAGCUGCAGCUACAUCACACACGGUUCAGUUUUAACAUGACUGUUGGGAUAAAUAUUUACCGCCAUGAAGAGCAUUACUCUUUGAAAUGAACUCGCCAAACGGAACAUCAACCCUCAUUUAGCUUGUGAGUGUCAGCGGAGCGUCAUGAACCAGUCAAAAGAAACGAACAGUCAAUCAGCGGGCUAUCCAGCGCGAGCCACAGGAUAAGAGGGGAGAUGACUGCGAGAAGUCAGAGACGUCGUAUUUAAGUUUAUGUUCUCCUUGUUCAACAGUCGUUUGAUGUAGUGAUAUUUUUAAAACAUUCAGAGAGGAUUUGAUUUGCAAUUUGAAUCGUCUUUUGUUUUCUUUUGGCGCUGGUUAAAACCUCUUUGGGGGGCGCCAAAGAAUUCUCUAUGCAGGAGAAACCCUGCUUAGAAAGAAUCUUUUUCCAGAAGAUUGUCUGUUUUUAUUUUGAGUUUGACCUCUGACCUUUUGAUUACUUGUUGUGUUUCUUCCCGUCCAGCAGAUGACCGCGCCUCAGGCCGCCGUGUCUCCGCUCGACUUGUCCUCUCUGUCCUCGGUCUCUGAGCUGGAGGCUCUGGGUCUGGAUGUCCUGAAGGGGGAGCUGAUGAGUCGGGGUCUGAAGUGUGGGGGGACGCUGACGGAGCGUGCCGCCCGACUCUUCUCCGUCCGAGGACUGACCCCGGAUCAGAUCGACCCCGCGCUGCUCGCAAAACCGAGCAAAGCUAAGAGGAAGUGAGGUCAGAGGUCACGGAGCUCUGAGAGAUUAAAGGAACAGUUUUCUAACGUUCA